AUAGUAGUCAUGUGACCCACAAUGUCGAAGAUGGCAACGAGGAGUGACAGGAAACGUAGAGUAGCCGAGAAACCGGCACACGAGAGCACCGCUUUUUAUCAUUGGGCUAUAAAUCUUUUGGGUCUCGGUUUUGGUUGUUUGCAUCGCUGGCAUGUAUCCACGCUGUUCGAAAAUGACCGACACUUCUCUUAUCUCUCGGAAAUCGAACGAGAAAUGUCCUUCAGGACUGAGAUGGGGAUGUAUUAUUCCUAUUAUAAAACCAUUGCUGAAUCCAGGGAUUUUUUCGACGGAAUGGACAGGCUCAGUCACGACAAUCUGUCAGAGUACAGCAAUGUCAUUGAUGCCAGCAGAAAAUAUAGUCUUUUACCUGAGAUUCUAGCAGGUUUCCUUUAUCAUAUUGCAAGGAAUCUUGGUGUUAUAUCUCAGGAACAAUGCUGGCAGAUAGAAAGAGGAGAUGGUUUGCCACCUGUAACCAGCUGUGAAGGCCUGGGUGUACCUGUAUACUUCUAUUUAGAAAUAGUUUGGUUCACCACAGUUAUCACAGCAGCAGUACUCUUUUACUAUGCAACGUACUUGAGUAAUUCCAUUUACGGUGGAUUUAUAACAAUUCUGUUCUUCUUUUUUAAUCAUAACGAAUGUACUCGCGUUCAAUGGACACCGCCGUUACGAGAAACCUUUGCGUAUCCUAUGUUGCUUUUUCAAAUGUACAGCGUUACUAUGGCUAUCAGAAAAUAUACAAAACAUGAUACGGCAAAAGAGCCAGCUUCGUUGAGGAACAGAACUAGGCAAGGACUAUUCAUGGAUAUAUUUGGCUCAACAAUUUGUAGCUUGUGCACUUGGCAAUUCUCACAUUUCGUUUUUACUACGCAAAUUGUAGCCAUUCUUAUAUUGAAAUGGCUGAGGAUCGUUCCGUACGAGUUCUAUAAAAAUUUUUGUAUGGCACACGCUUUAGCAAUCGCAGCAGCAACUAAAAUAACAAACGGCACUCUUAUAAUCUGUUCACUUUACACGUGCAUCAUAAUCAGUAGUAAUGUGGCCAGUUUUAUAAUGAAACUGUCUCGAUUUCAAAACAUCAAACGAGAAAUUAUUCUUGAAAUUGCCAUAACGAUAACUUUUACAAAGUGGAUAAAAUCCUACGUUCUAUAUUCUCAAGACGACGCCCACGUGUUUAAUAUAUUGAAAUCCAAGUUAACGAACUAUAGAGAUUUCCAUACUAUGCUUUACACGUGUUCCGCAGAAUUCAACUUUCUACAGUACAAAACUUACGAAGCGAUUAUUAAGACCUUAUUAUUACCAACAGCAAUACUCGUUGGAAUGCUCGCGCUUUAUUACUGGUACAGGAACUUUAAGACGAGCAAUUAUCCAUUUUGCAUAGAGGCUGAUAUGGCAUAUAACGGCCUACAGACCGGCGCCUUCAUCAUCAUGGCCAUUUUUAUUAUGAGAUUAAAGCUAUUUAUGACACCACAUCUCUGCAUAAUAGCUGGUGCCGUGUGUAGUAAACGAUAUCUCGAAAAAAUCGGUUUAAAAAGUGAAUUUAUGCGGCUCGCCAUUGUUAUUCUUUUACUAGGUGGCAUGUCGUAUCAUGGCAUCGACAGAUUCCAAGAGGAACGCGGAUUCAUAGGUGAAUAUAGUAAUAUUGAACAAGAAGAGUUAUUUGAAUGGAUAAAAAGUAAUACACCGAAACACGCCGUAUUUGCGGGAAAAAUGUCAUUGAUGGCAAACUUAAUGCUGUCCACUAGGAGACCGAUCGUCAAUAAUCCUUACUACGAGAGCAAAGAAAUGAGGGAUAGAACUAUGAAAGUUUAUGAGAUUUUCAGUCGGAAAGAUGCUGCCUCUGUGUAUACCUCUUUAAGAAACAUGAAAGUUAGUUAUGUUGUAUUAGAGGAACCAUGGUGCCUUGGAUUUGCAAACAUCCCGCAAGGAUGUCAAAUGAUCGAUUUAUGGGACAUGACUGAUAAUGGAACGGCGAAAGCGGUGGACAAACAGCCUCUAUGUCCACUUUUAUUCAAAGGAAACGCGUAUCCGUUCAGAAGAGCGUUCGUUAACAAUAACUACGUUGUGUUGCAGCUGGAUUAUUCGCAUUACGUAGAAUUUAAACCAAAGACUUCUAUGCCAUUGCAUUAUCAGUUCUAAAAUUCUAGAGUUCUACGUUUCCAAAAAUAAGUAAAAAUUUCCUCAAGAGAAUAUGGCAUACCUCGUGAGAGACUAUAAAAGCCUAUUUUUCUUAAAACAGAAGUAUUAUCUAUAUGAAAAAUAUAUAUAUACAUAUAUUUUUAUAAUAUAAAACGCAGGUUAUUCUUCAAGUUGAAUAUUAAAUAUUAAUAUUCCAAACUUGUAAAAGUUUAUCAAGAUUAGCCUUAUAUGUGCAAAUUGUGAAGGGGCAUUAAAAUAUUUUAAGAGGCACACAAUAUUCCCGAUAUUAUAAAAUUUAGAUUUAUUUUUUGUUUAAUUAAAAAAAAUCAAUCUUUGUUUUAGCAUAGGAAUCUCUUAAAACAUAAUUUAUAUUGCCACAAUUAACAAGAUGCAGUGUGCAUAUUCGUAAUAUUAUACUUGCUAAAUUUCAUAAUAAGAAAAGCAGUUGUUAAGUUGACUAAUAAGAAUGAACGAAAAAUAAGAUAAAGCCUCAUUUCACAAUGAUAUACAUACUUGUGAUAAUUUUCCGAUAUUUAAUAUUAUUACGCACUUAUAUCGAUAUGCUCGAUUUUUGACGACGCGAAUAGUUUCGAAUAUACAUAUAAGUACUAUAUUUAAUCACAUAUGUGUUCAUUUACCUGCUAUAUGACAUAAGACAUGUGUGCCAACAUCAAGCACUAUUUAUAUUUGUAUAACUAUUAAAAAAACACAUCUUUCAAAUUUAAAUAAAUUUCUUAUAAAAUAA